CGGGCGCUCCUACUCCACAGUCGUCACCCAACCUCACCACCGUUCGGACGUGGCUUAGCAGCUCUCCCUAAAACCCCAGGCCGCCCUACCCCGCCGUUCCUCCUCAGCGAGCUCCUGCCGACGCCUUCUAACGAGUUCCUUGCCCUUCCUAGACGCAAGAAUGAGGAACUUGGUGCUCCUCGCCGCCCUCCUGGCCUGCGCCGUCGCCCUGCCCGAGCCGCAAGGAUUGUUCCGAGGUCGUAAGAUCGGCGGAGGUCGUUUCCCAGGAAAUCGCCAACGAGACUCCUUCACGGACGACAAGCCUACCCCGUCCCGCGGUUCGCCCCAGACUGCCGUCCCCGCCACCACGCCCAAGCCUAAGAAGGAAGUCAACUACGCCUGCAAUGAGAAUGCCUGCGCUCCCGGAUACUCCAAGCUCGACAACAAGUGUUACAAGGUGAUCCAGACGGACACACCGACCGACUUCACAUCUGCGCAGAGGAAGUGCCAAGCCGACAACGCCGUCCUGGCCGCCGACAAGUCCAGUAAGAUCCACAACUUCCUGAAGGAUCUCCUGAAGCCGCACCUGUCGCAGACCAUCGACUCGCAGAACAACCGUGCCUUCCUGGGUCUUCUCUGCCAAGACGCCUGUGAAUCCCCAUCAAACUGGGUGUAUGCUGAUGGCUCCAAGUGCGAAGGCAACGAUUUCUGCGAUUGGCUCAAGGCCGGCACCAGCAACGAAUGGAACUCCCUCCCCACCAGCCUGUACGGACCCUCCAUCGCCGCCAUGUUGGACGACUACCCCGACACCAACUUCCGCCACAAGCUCCAGCCUUACCCCGCUGACCACACCCUCCAGUACAUGAUCUGCCAGAAGGACGCUGACAGCACCGAACACCUGAAGCCCCGCAACCUGAAGGUCCAGGAACGUCUCGCCAACGUGGUCAUCGAGUGGGAAAGGCCUUCAUGCAGCGGCGAAUUCUCUAACUACAUCCUCGUUCUCCUCGGUGGUUCUGCCUCAUACGAUACUGAGAUGAAGUGCUCAGAAAACAAGUGUAGCUUCACCCUGAACCCUGAAGUGUGCAACUACUGCAUCCUCCCCAACACCGACUACACCUUCAGCGUCGCCGCCGUCCUCUCGGAGUCUCAGCUCGGCCCCGCCAUCACCAUCAACAAGAAAAUCGACGUCGAGACCUGCCCUAACUUCGAGACGCCCAUCCACACCAUCUCUACCUGCCGAGGUGUUUCCGAAGUCGUCCACGAUGGCUCCUGCGACAACCAGAUCACCUGGAGCAAGGGAUCCAUGUGCGAGGCCGUUUGCGAGCUCGGCUACGGAUUCUUCGAGAAGCCUGCCCCCAAGUACUCCUGCGACCAGGGCGGCAUCUGGGCUCCCGCUGGAAAGGCCCCCGAGUGUUACGAAAUCGUACCCGUGUUCUCUGCCAACCUGCAGUUCAAGAUCGUGUACAAGCGCUCCAGCAUCGAGAACCUGCAGCACCAGUUCGAUGGCCUCGUCUACAAGUACAACGACAUCUUCUGCCCCUACCCCGAGGAGUGCGGCAUCGGCGACCUCCAGAUCAAGAGCUCUCUCGAUGAAGAAGGCAGCAAGCUGAGCGAGGUCAUCAUCACCAUCGACACCCCCGUGUACAACAUCACCGACCAGUCCGGCUUCAUCGACCUGGUGCGUGAGGCCGUGUUCACCGUGACCGAGGACAACGCCUUCAUGACCCUCAUCGAUUACGACAACAUUGCCCUGGUUCUCCCCGUCAAGAACAAGAGCAGCUUCAAGGCCGAUCCCCAGCUCUGCUGCCACACUUGUCCCGAGGGUCACGCGUACAGGCUCGGCAACUGCGUUCGCUGCCCGUCACCGGAUUGUGCUUAGUGGGAAGCUGCCAUCUCCCAGUACCGCCCUUAACAGUACCUCAUCCAAUCAGCGUCUUCCAACGCCCUCCAGCCAAUUACAAGCCUUCCAUUGAGUCCGUCCGGUGAUUCUCCGUGAUUCUCAUUGGUCCACGUUGCGAAAGGGGGCGUGGUUCAUGGGUACAACAUGUGUGUGCAGAAUAAUGAGGUUAAAUUAUUGAAAACCCCUGUCGUGUAACCUCCAGUCCCUGAAAAAAUAAAUAAAUUAUAUAUUUUGCAUCUACACCAGGUUGUAAAAAUGUAAAAACAAAUAUAUUUUUUGCUGACAGUAUUAUAUAUUUACUUAAAAUUGAAAAUAGUGUUUUGGCGUUUGCAGUAGACGCUGGUGCAGUAUAGGCCUCUCUAUUAAAAGCCUCAGUUAUGUACACUCUAUAAUGUUGUAGCGGGAAGUGUUUUCAAACACCCUGACGCUCAUUCAUAUUUUUUAACAUCCAUUUCAAUAAGUAAAUAAUUGUAGCUUCUUACCAUUUUAUUUCUUCUCUUUUUUUUUUACAGAAGGCUUACGUGGCCUACAUCAUUUUUUACAACCAUUAUCUGUAGCCGCCCUCUAGCGGCGCCCUUUUCUAUUUUUCCGCGUCUUUUAAAACAUCCUUAUAAAGAUCCCUCCCUCUUUCACGUGAAAAUACACUUGUGCUGGUUUCUGAAGUGCUACGUCCUAACCCUUUCCUCCUCUUUUUCCCAGUUAUCAAAAUAUUCCUUUUAUUUUUUUUGUGACGUGUCACCCCAGCUCGACAGAGGAUUGAUUACUUCUUGUCCUGUGCAAAUCAAAGACGGUGGUUGUGUUAAAGUUAUUAUUAACGUUUCAUACCUGCCUUCAGUAAUUAGUUAUUAUUUUUUUCUAUCGCAUGAAAAAUAUAGAUCCAUGAAAAUAAAUUCAGUUUUUAAUUCAGGUAAAAAUGUUGUUUUAGAAGAUAAACAAAUUUUUAUUAUGCGGUUUUAAAGGUAAUCAGUCGUUUUCUGUCCGCGCUGGCGUGUACUCGCACGUUGUGUCAAUAACAACCGAGAAUUUGUCUCUCGGGCCUCGUAAUAGAAUAUAAGUUGUUAUUUAAAGAAAAAAAUAAAUAGAUUUAGAUAUUUGAAAAUUAGUAGCUGUCUAGAGCAUUAUUUCUCCCCAUCAAAAACAUGUAUCAAAUUUCUGUUAAAGGAAUUAGGUUGUCUGUUAUAAUUUUGUUUUGUAUUGAAUUGAAUUAGAAACAGACAUUCGAAUCCUUCAUUUGUAAACAAAAAAAAAGAGAGAGAAUUCCACAUAUCCCCUAUGGAGCAUUUAAUUCCUUAUGAAAGGGAUUAGAUGCUCUAAACUUGACCAAAAGUGGGAUUCCUCUGUAUUAUUUUUAGUACAAGUGCUGUGACACUACACUUGAUGCCUUUUUAGCAGUCAAGAGCAUGAGUCCAAGCUGAUUUUGAUUUACUUUAUUUUUAAAGAAAAAAAUCAGCAAGAUUUUAGCUCUGUCUGAUGGAGUGUCUUUGUGAGUCUCGGUUUCUUGCUGUCAAAUGCUCCAUUUCCCAUAGAUUUUUUUUCCACACUGACAUGUUAAGCUAGUUGUUAUGUGUGAAUGUUGACCAUUGUAUAUACCUUGUAUAUUUUACAUAAGAUACCAAUAAAUGUUUCUUUCUAUAUA